ACGGAAGUCAGAGAGAGAUGGGAGCUGAGUGGAGUGCAGAGACCCGCAGACACCGCUGCGCACUCUGCUCAGUUUAGGGGUCUCGCCAUGAACACGCUGCUGCUGUGGGCGGUGUUUGGAGUGAGCGUCUGCGGGGGCAGCUUCACCCCGCCUGCGGUGAACAUCAGCCUGGACGAGCCGGCCGAGCAGAGAUGGGCUCCACUGCUCAAGAUAUUCGAUAAAGACUUCCUAAAGAAAGCUGCAGCAGAGGUGAUCGACACCACUGUUCCAAAAUGGGUGCACUAUGCCAUCAAACCUGUGGUAAAAGCUCUAGAGAAGUAUGUGCCUCAGCCGUACGCCGGCGAGAUCAUGGGCAUGGCUUCAUUCUAUCAGUCCGACAUCUCCGACAUUAUUCUUCUCAACUUUGCCUAUGAAGUAUCAGCGUUUUGUACCAGCAUUGUAGCUCAGAACAGUAAUGGAAACAUCUACCAUGGAAGAAACCUGGACUAUCCCCAUGAGGUCCUCAAAAAUCUGACCAUUGAUAUUCUGUUCAUCAAGAACAGACAGGUGGUCUACAGGGGCACUUCUUUCGCUGGGUAUGUUGGGUUAUGGACCGGGCAAAGUGCAAACAAGUUCACUGUAACUGGAAAUGAACGAAAUAAAGGCCAUUGGUGGGAGAAUGUUAUCUCAGCAGUUCUGCUAAAGAGUUCUCCGGUUAGCUGGCUGGUGAGAGAGACUCUUGAGCAGGCCAUGGAUUUUCAGGAUGCAGUGACGAGGCUAGCUAAAGUUCCCAUCAUCACUGACGUCUACUACAUUGUGGGUGGUGUCCAUCCGAGAGAGGGUGCAGUCAUCACCAGAGACCGGAGCGGGCCUGCAGAUAUCUGGCCUCUGGAUUGGGCCAUGGGACAGUGGUACCUUGUUGAAACAAACUUCGAUCACUGGCUGCCCUCACCUGAUCGUAGAAGAAAUGUAGCUAUGAAGGCCUUGAACACUACGGGUCAGAAUAACAUUAACACACGUUCACUUUAUCAGGUUUUAUCAGUGGUCCCGGUCUGCAAUGGUAUCACAGUCUAUACAACAGUAAUGAGAGCAGCUGCCCCAGAGGAGUACAGAACGGUGGUCAGAGAGACCUGUGAUGACUCCAUUUAGGAAUACAGUUCAAGCUCCCAUCCAGAACAACCAUCACAUUUUGUUCUAAAUGUGAUAUUGCAGGUUUACUCUGUGGAUCAGAGACAAUUUUAAUGAAAUAAUUAGCUGUUUUAUACUUAUACAAAUACAGACUGUGCAUUUUACUGACUGGCAGGACUGCAGUCUGACAGGAGAACAUUGUGGAUUUUUAUAGUUUUUAUAAAAAAGGGAAUGCUGCCGUAAGAGAUUAACUUUGGAAAUAGAUUGGUUUUGGGGACACGAGGUUAAAGAAGUGCCUUAUAUUUGAAAAUGGAAGUUUUUUGUGUGUGUGAUAUAGCUUAUAACAGUACAACUAACUUGUUUUGAACAACCACAAGAUCUAUAUUCUUAUUAAGGAUUCACAAUAAAUUAUUUUAGCAUCGCUAUCACAAUCUGCACAUGCAUAAUAGUCAUAUCAUAAAUAGUUAAAUGUCUUGUAAGGUAAAUAAAAUCAAACAUAUAAUGCUACAACCUGCCUGAUACAGAAGGAAACUUCACACAGUUGACAUUUUCCAAGACUUUAAUUCAAAUGUUUAGUAUAGUAUAUACAGAUAAACUUCACAAUAGUAUUUGUUUCCAAUAUUAUGCAUCCAUAAUUCUUAUGUAAUUUCACUUUACCAUGUUACCAUUCAGUGUUAACAAUAACGUUCACAUAAUGGUUUCUGUUAAUUAUGCAGUGAGCUGAUUGGUUAAACUCUUUUGUCAAAUAUGGAAAUUUUAUAUAAGAAGGAAUACUGUUACGUUGUUUUAAAUAAAAAGAAAUGUGAAUUUUGAAA